UCCAGCCACGCCCCCAUUCCCAGCGCGCUUUGCGCUGGGCUGACAGGUGGGGCUGGGUUUAGAGAACCCAAAAUGGCGGACUUUGAGGAUCGGGUGUCGGAUGAAGAGAAGGUGCGUAUAGCUGCAAAAUUCAUCACUCAUGCACCUCCUGGGGAAUUCAAUGAAGUGUUUAAUGAUGUCCGGUUGCUGCUUAACAAUGACAAUCUUCUUAGGGAAGGGGCAGCACAUGCAUUUGCCCAGUACAACAUGGAUCAGUUCACUCCUGUGAAGAUAGAAGGAUAUGAUGAUCAGGUUUUAAUUACGGAACAUGGUGAUCUUGGUAAUGGUCGAUUUCUAGACCCAAGGAACAAGCUUUCCUUUAAAUUUGAUCAUUUAAGGAAAGAAGCAAGUGAUCCCCAGCCAGAGGACACAGAUGCAGCGCUGAAGACCUGGAGGGAUGCCUGUGAUGGUGCACUAAGGGCCUAUGUGAAAGAUCACUAUCCACAUGGCUUCUGUACUGUUUACAGUAAGACAAUAGAUGGGCAGCCAACAGUCAUUGCUUGCAUUGAGAGUCACCAGUUUCAGCCCAAAAACUUCUGGAAUGGGCGCUGGAGGUCAGAAUGGAAGUUUACCAUCACACCACCUACAGCUCAGGUGGUUGCAGUGCUCAAGAUCCAGGUGCAUUACUAUGAAGAUGGUAAUGUGCAGCUGGUGAGUCACAAAGACAUACAGGAUUCUGUAGCAGUGUCGAAUGAUGUCCAAACAGCCAAGGAGUUUAUUAAAAUCAUUGAGCAUGCAGAAAAUGAGUACCAGACAGCAAUCAGUGAAAAUUAUCAGACAAUGUCAGAUACCACGUUCAAAGCCUUACGUCGCCAACUGCCUGUCACCCGCACCAAGAUUGACUGGAACAAAAUCCUCAGCUACAAGAUCGGCAAGGAAAUGCAGAAUGCUUAAGGACAGAGCAGAGGUGGUGUAGGCAAUGUUAGCAUGCAAAGAAAGCAAAGCAAAGGUGGUCCUAUGCCAAGUAGGUGGGUUCUCUAGUAUGUUGGCACUUGUCUAGGGCUUUCAGACUUAACAGGUUUUCUAGCCUUAUGGAGGACUGUCAACACACAGCAUUGUCUUGUGUUCCGUUUCCCUGCCAUGUAAACAUAAAUUUCCUUUGUAAAAGUAAUCAUGCAUUUCCUAGUAGGCUUUCUUCAUUUGGCCACUUUGGGAUCAGCACGAUCGAUCCUUAUAUUGGUUGGUAAACUUCUUUGCUGAGGAAGUCCUACUAGAAAUGCAGGCUGGGUAGUGCUGGAAAUAUUGUUUCCUUGCCACCAGUCCAGGUAUUGUAUUCAGCUUAAUGGGACUGCUGGCAGCUUUAAGGUGCUGCACUGCACCAGAUACAACUUGUCAUGACCUGUUCCUCCCCCCCCCCCAAAAAAAAACUGCCAAUCACCACCUAGCAAUAUCCUCUAGGCUUAGCUUUUCAUGUUUGCAGGUUGUUUACAAGAUUUCUCCCAGAAAUCCCAAGAAGGCCAGGUCCUCUGGAAAGGUGUUUUUUGGGAGGAGUUGUUUUUGUUUUUUAAAUCCAAAGACUUGAGCCACAUUCUCUUCAAGUGAACUACUUUUUUCUUUGUUCUUUCCUGGAAGUACGGUUAAUUUAGACAUCUGCAUUUUUACAGGAUGGGUUCUCCAUUUUCCUUUUUUAAUACUUGUCUGAUUGCUGCAGAGAUGUUUUGUUUAGAUGGAGGAAGAAAUUACAGAAAUGAAAAACUGUAAAUGUUUAAUGAACUUUGGGUUUCUUGUGCUUUAAUGCUUUGUGGCAAGUUCAUUGCAUUUGUCCCAGAGAUGUAUGAAUGGACGUGUCUAAAUGGUCAAUAAAAGAUUUGCACCAACGCA